AGGUUAUGUGGGCCGCAGCAAGGCCGAAAGAAAGGGCAUUUUCGGAAAUCUGGAUUAGUGCGUGUGGACCCCACCGUAUUGGCUGGUGGGAGUAGGCGGCAAUUGAUCGUUGGAUCCCUGGCACGAUCAACACUGCUCGCUGCUCCCUUCCUCGUCCUCCCGCCGGCGCUUCUCCCUCCGGCCGUCUCCGGCUCCUUGGUAGUUGGGGAGAAGUCUGAAGUUUUAGCUAUGCAAUUGAAGAAGAAAGUGCCUUCGUUGGUUGACUUGUGCAUACAGACGGCUAUCGACAACGUGAGAUAUCUCGGAGAUGUGGGCGAGACAGAUAUUGGUCUCCUGGAGCAAAUUUUGCCUCACUGUACAGUUGAUCAAUUGAUGCACAUAGAGGAGAGUACGAAAGGAAGAGAUUUGAGUCCGGUUACUGAUAAGUUAUGGAAGAAAUUUUACGAGAAACAGUUUGGUCCCGAGAACACUAAUCUCGUUCUUAGGAGGAUGAAGCAGAAGAACGUGUCAUUCAGGUGGAUGAAAUUAUAUGAGGCCAAAUUAAAGGAUGUUGAGGAAGCUCAAAACAAAUCGCUUGAUCGAAUCAGGCAACUUUACAAGAAAGAAGAUGCUCGAAAACAAAGUCGGCAAGUUCAGCUUUGCAGUAAGGUGCCCCCUUCAAGCAAUAAGAGAAGCUGGGGCAAUGGACCUGGAUACAACGUUGGCAAUUUGAAAGGCAAUUUGAUGAAGAAGGCGAAGAUAGAGUUCCUUAAGAGUCAAGAGGUCAAGAAUAUGGCAGCCGUGAAGAGAAACGCCAUUCAGAGAAGCACCUGUGCCUCUCGUGUUAUGAGACCCAGUGGUUUCCCUGCGACAGGCUCUGCUUCAACAUCUAAACAAAUCAAACCACCAGUGAGAAGAUUCUAGGUCUGUGACUUCUAUGGCUGCCUUGCUCGGGAAGGGGAUUGAGCUUCUCCUUGCGAAUGGUGGAGUUUGUGGUUGUGGCUUCGUAAGCAUGACCAUCUCUGCUCCUGUCGACUCGACCAGGCAGAUCCCAGUACUCUGCAUUCUUCGUCUGCUCUCCACCAUAUUGCUUAAUUCUAUUUUACACUUGCAAUAACGUGUUUUGAAUUUGUGGGUUGUUGAUAGUGUUGUACUCAUGUAAGAUAACAGUCAGAUCGGCAACGCUCUGACGUGUACAAAUUGUUAGAUGCUUGAAGUUGCAUCAUACUUCCAUUUCAGAUCAUUUUAGUGCCAAAUUAAAUGGCAAAUUUUCAUUCUUAUGUCCA